GCACGCCGGUUCCCAACUCGCGAUGGAUCCUCGGGUCGAGAUGAGCGGACUUUCCUUUUUGUGAAUAACAACAAACAUUCGACAACUUCGGGCCACCCGAGGCCAGCAUUGAUACACGACUUCAAUGUAGUGCUUUUCCCGCCAUGGCCUCUCCGAAUUCCCUCUCGUCCGCCUACAAUAACGCCCUGUAUCAACAAUCGAACCGACCGAUGUCCCGAUCCGCGGUUUCACGUCCUGGUUCCAGACGGGCCUCUCCAGCGCUCCAAUACGCGGAGGCCAAACCUUCCAUCUCAAGACAUUACACUGGGGACAGCUCAGAUGAUGAGGUCCCAGAACCAAAGUUUAGCGCCUCGGUGAAAGCGCUUUUAGACGGAGACGGUUUGGGUUCGUCGCCACAUCUGCACAAAGCCCAACAACAGCAUCAAUACCAACAUCAACAAUCUUACUCAUAUGAGCGGCGCUCACCGGCGGGGUCGCGACAACAUAGCCAAUCGCCACGGAAUGCAUCACCGCACAGUCAAUCCAAUGGAAGUCCUGCGCCUCGGGUCGUUCGAAUUGGUGCUAUCUCGUCCUCCUCGAGAUACUCCCGCGAAGGCUCUCCGCUUUCGAAUAGCCAGAGUGCCGACUCUGAAGCUCAAGACAGACCGAAUGACUUUAUCACACCCGCUCCCCGACCACGAAGUGUCCGCAUCAAUGCCUCGCGAAGCAGUAACCGCUCCCCAUCGUCCAUUUCACCAUCGGUGAAACGGUCAACGGAACGCCAACCAGGCGAGGAGUAUGGUAGUGGUGAUCGGUCGGACAGUGACCGGAAAUUGCGUUACGAUGAGGACCCUGUCUCGCGAAUUGGCACUUCAUCGGCUCUGCGCGGUCGCACUGGAGAGGAUAUUGCGCCCCACAGCUCUCUGCGAGUGAAGCGAGUCGGACGACUCACUGGUACAUUCCUGAAUGGACCUGCACGGCGAGGCGUGUUGCGUCGGCAAAGUGAAGAGAACAACGAAGACAACUAUCUGCUGAAUGAAGACAUCAUUCGUGAGCACGAUGAGCCGCAAGCUGCCAAUGCUGAAUAUCGUUAUCAGCCUCAACGCUCGGCGAAACCGUCAUCACCCAAGGUAUCCUGGGCAGAGCCCAGCCCCUCUCACAAUGACGAUCGACGAGAUCAACAACAACAUCCUUCCCUUCCAGAUCGACCCGCGAGCCGGGCUAGUGGGGAGGGACUCUUCUCGCGAUCCUCGUCGCCAAAGUCUUACGUGUCGCAGUCCAAGUCCACGCCGGGGUCCUCAGAAGUGUCUUCCAAAUCGUCGAGUGCUAAGGAGCAACCUGCUUUCAAGGUACCGUCAUUACCACCUUCACUUCCCUCUGCAAGGGACCAAGAGAAUGAGCCUCCGCCAACGUUCAAGCGCGCCAAAUCACAGGGCCUCAGUUUGCUAGACAAGCCUGAGAAAUAUGCCGUCGUUUACGACACAGACAAGAAGGAUGCAGCAGCCGAGACACCCGCAGGCAAUUCCCCCCGGAAAAUCCUUGCAAGUCGAAGCAACAACACUCCGCACCGACCGGCUCCUCCGCCUCCGAAGAUGUCUGUUCUUGAAACUGCUACUGCUACUGGUGGUGCUUCUACAUCCCAGUCUCGAAAGAAGCGGACCCAGGUUUCGAUCAACCACAAGCACUUUACUCGUCUUGACUGUAUUGGUCGCGGUGGAAGCUCCCGUGUAUACCGUGUGAUGGCCGAGAACUACAAGAUCUUUGCUCUCAAACGAGUUAAUCUGGAAGAUGUCGACCCCCUGACCUUGACAGGGUACAAGGGUGAAAUUGAUCUCCUGAAGAAGCUCGAGAAUGUGGAUCGGGUGGUGCGCUUAUUUGACUGGGAGCUCAACCUGGACAAACAUUGCCUCAGUGUUCUAAUGGAGAUUGGCGAAUCUGAUCUGGAGAAGAUUCUCACCUACCGUCUCAAUGCAGAGGAUGCUGUUUUCGAUAUCAAUUUCGUCCGAUUUUACUGGAAGGAGAUGCUAGAGUGUGUUCAAGCGGUCCACAACUACAAUAUCGUUCACUCUGAUUUGAAACCAGCCAACUUCUUGAUGGUUCAGGGUCGAUUGAAAUUGAUUGACUUUGGUAUUGCCAAUGCCAUCCAGGACAACACUGUCAAUGUUCACCGGGAGCAACAAGUUGGCACACCCAAUUACAUGUCUCCAGAGGCUCUGGUCGACUCUAAUGCAUCGCUGGGCCUACCGGCUAGUGUGGGCAAGAUGAUGAAACUAGGCAAGCCCAGUGACGUAUGGAGCCUGGGCUGCAUUCUGUACAAGAUGGUGUACGGUCAGCCGCCUUUCGCCAAGAUCGCUAAAUACUACGAGCGUAUCAUGGCCAUUCCCAACCCCCGUGUCCAAAUUGAUUUCCCCACGCAUGGUGUCGGCGGUAUUCCGGUGCCACCUGGGUUGAUCAAGACUCUGAAGCGAUGCCUUCAACGCGAUCAGACUCUUCGUCCGACCAUUGAAGAGAUGCUUGGCCCGCGGGAUCCCUUCCUGCACCCCGAUGCCCAACUCGAGGGUGCCGUGCCUGUCACGCAGGACAUGCUUGGCCGAAUUCUGGCCAACGUGGUCAAUCACUGCAAGGCACGCGGCGUUCCCACAGAAGAAGAGUUGGCUGCAUGGCCCGCCGGCUUCUUUGCAAAAAUAAAAGCAGCACUCGAAGAAGAAAGUACUUGAGGUGCUCUGCCGGUCCUUUUACAUACUCUCCUUUGUUUCUUAUACCUCCUCUGUUCAUUUAUCCCUUCUUGUUACUAUGACCUCAUGACCGGUGUUUAAUGGUGUUGUCUCUGUUUAUUCUUGGCCCCUCCACAACUUCGGGGUUUCAUUGGCUAGAAGCUAUCUCACAGCUGAUCUGACUGAGAUCUAUCUGACUGUUCUUUACUUUCCUUCCACGUUCUGUUCCCUGCGUCCCUUCUUUUAUGUUUGGUUUUGACGUACCCGCCUCUUCCAUUGGUGGUAUGCGGGUAAUGCGUUUUGUCGGAGUACCAUAAGCGAUGCUCGUGGAUUUCAACCUUUUCAUGUAUAUGACUUUCUUUUCGUUCUCUUGUUUCUUUUCAUCCACUUGCAUUGAUUGGCAUUUUGAGUCAAGCAUUGGGUUUCUCGGAGUUUCGAGCAAUUUGGCUGCCUUAAUGGUAACCCACGUUUAAUAUGACCAUCUUGUUCCUCUUCCAUCAAACAAGUGCUUUACAAAACCGAA